AUGACCCCCGAAGAGGUUCAACAGUAUCUCAAUAAUGAGAACGAGAACUUGAUUAAUGCAAUACGGGCAAAUAUGACUCUCGGAAGGCUUCAUGAAUGUGCCAAGUACCAAGAACGACUCCGAAAAAAUUUCAUGUAUUUAGCUGCAAUUGCUGAUUGGCAAGUACAAAAGCAUAUGAACCCAACCCCUAGGAUGCAACAACAUGGAAUUUCUCCCCAAAACAUGUCAUUGCAAUUUGGUAAUCCACAACAGCAGACUAUCCAAGGACAAACAACACCAAGAACUCCAUGGAUAGGUAAUGACUUGUAUCCAAUGCAUAGUGAGGUUGUUCUUGGAGGUCACACCAAUAGUACUGGCUCAUCUUCAAAUGUGGGUCUAAAUGAUGCAUCUGAUGGAAGCAUGCAAGGUUCUUCUGAGGGCACUAGAGAUGUUCAUGGCAGCUCAACUCGUCUGCCUGAUCUUAACAAAUAG